GAAGCGUCACGGAGUCUAGAUGUUCCACAGCAUGUCCAGACAUUCAGAGGAUAAUGAUAGGAAAUAAUGCGCGAAGAUAAUGUAAUGGAGUUGCCGUUUUUUCUACUUGUGCUGGAAAUAACCUUUAUUGUCGUGGGAAAAGCUGUACAUCCAGGUUGCGAAUGCCUCAUAUUCUCAUCGACUUACAGCAAGGAAAAGGCAGUGUUUAAGAGCCCGGAUUACCCGACGCCGUACUCUCCAAACAUCGAUUGCCUUUUAUACAGUUUUGUGUCGGGCCCCGAUGAAAUCAUAGAGAUUACCUUCGAGGAUUUUAAUGUUUACCGGGACAAGUCAGACUGCCUUCGAGGAGAUUAUGUGAAAGUGUUUAUACACCUAGAUUCAGCCGGCAUAAACGAAUACACGCCCUGGGAAACGGUAUACUGCGGCCGUAUGGUCGAUAUUCCCUCCGUAAUUUAUUCCUCUGGACCUGCACUUGUGCUGGAGUUUCAUUCGGGACCAAGAGUUACUAACACCACCGGAUUUACCGGACACUUCAAGUUUAUAGACAAACGUGUAUUCCAUACCGAGGGUGUCUUACUACCAAACACCAUGUGCGACUACCAGUUUCAGAGUUCACCCGAAGAGUCAGCCUAUGGAAAGUUUUAUUCACCAAGAUAUCCAUCAAGCUACCCAAAGAACAGUAGGUGUUCUUAUAGAUUUAGAGCUAGAUACAAGGAAAGGAUACGAGUCGUCUUCGAAGAAGUUUUACUACAAAAGGGAGAUAUAAGUUGCCUCAAUAGAGCGGAUAUAAUACGUAUCUACGAUGGUAAAUCAACCUCAGAUGCAGUGAUACGAGUUCUUUGCAAUGAAGGUAAUGAGUUGGAGGUACUAUCCACUGGAUCCGAGCUAUUUAUAGAAUUUGUGGCGAACUCAAACUCUCCAGGACAAGGGUUCAAGGCUAGAUACCAAUUCCAGUCGAUGGAGGAGACCAAUACCAUAGAUAACUCCAAGUAUAAUCGGCUCGGUUUUCUCUUUCCAACCGAAGUAGGUCCCAGUGUCAGUGAAACACGUUCGAGUUGCGACAUUAUAAUAAAUAGUGACACAAGCAAGAAUGGAACUAUAAUGAGUCCCAUGUAUCCGUCACCAUAUCCCUCCAAGACUACCUGUAGAUACGAGUUUCAAGGCAGAGGAAAAGAGAGGGUUCAAGUGGUUUUUCACGAUUUUAAUCUCUAUCAUGUACAGGAUCAUUCUAAAGAUUGUGAAAAUCAGGACUCUCUAAACGCCUUCGUGCACAUCGAUGGACGCAUGGAGAAGAUAGAUUCCUUUUGCGGGUCGACCCUCCCUAAACCGGUGAUGUCCAAUGGGCCCAGACUUAAAUUAGAGUUUCAAAGUUUGUAUGCCUCCAGAUACUCCAGAGGGUUUAACGCUACGUAUAUUUUUACUGAUAAUUUUGGAAUUAAGACUGGUACGCAGGUUCCAGACUAUCCUUGUGCCUUUGAACUAAACAGUAACGUUUCCAAAGUAGGAUACUUCCACAGUCCAAAUUUUCCCGGUGUUUAUCCCAGAGAUACGGAAUGCCACUACUUCUUUCAUGGCAAUCCGAAGGAAAAGGUGCAUCUGCAUUUUAAUUAUUUUGACGUUGAGGGAGUAUUACCCUGCGAAGCGAUUUCCGCUAGUGAUUACGUAGAGUUUAGCAAUUUCAUACCAAGGGAUCGGAAAUAUCAGCGACACUGCGGGCAGCUGAAAGAGUUUGAUAUCGAGUCGGACAGGAAAUUUUUCAGAGUCACUUUUCGGUCGAACGACAGACUUGAUGGCACGGGCUUUAAUGCAACUUACCACUUUUUAAACCAAGUCGAUAUGUACACUGUCAUACCUAAAAUCAAUGGAAGUAAGGGCUGUUUAGCUCAUUCAUAUCUGCUCCUAUCAAUGGUCCUAAGUACUUUCCUGCUUAUGGUAAGGGUACCAUAAAUGAAGCUCACACACCCACUGAUAUUUUAGGAAAAUUAUUCCAUUUUUGUGGAAAAUUACGUAAGAUGCAAGAAAAAUCUGUAUGAGGAAUUAUUAGAAAUAACUUCAUAUUGCAUGUUCUCUUCUAAGACUGUUUUCAAAUUAAAUUUAUUCUUAUUGGUUUUUUUUCAUAUGACCUCUGCCAUCUUAAUAACAUUAAACUUUGUAAAAAUAUUUAUAAUUUUAUUUUUCAAUGUAUAUUAUAUAUAAACAUUGAAUAAUAUAACAAAAAAUUUGUCUAGAUUACCACACUUUGAACCAUACAAUAUUGCUAUGUUUAAAUGUUUUAACCGGAAUUUGAGUUAAAGAGUUAUUUUAUUAUUAAAUCUAAAGAAUUUAUUUAAUUUUUACGUAAUAAGAUAAAAUUAAGCAAUAAAACACUUGACAAAUUAAAGACUUUUAAUUAGGUAUUUGUUAUUUCUUAAAUUUAUUAAAUUCAUCUAUUUGCAGGGUCAAUAUGU